AUGACGAACGCCUUCGUUUCUGCUGCCAUUCUCCUCGGAUGCUCGAUGGUUCUGGCGGCGCCGAUCCACGGAGGACUCGAUGACGAGAUUUUGGGCCUGGCCUGGGAAGCCGCGGCCACCAGUGUCAACGUGGGAAACGAGGGAAAGUUCUGGGUGCCGAUUGAGGUGCUCAAAUCGGAAAAGUCCGGAUCUGUGACCACUUUCGACGUCGUCUUCCAAGAGUCGUGGUGCUCGCCGGCCGAAGGAAACGAUUUGGAGGACGUUUGCGAGUCGAUGUGCCCCGUUUAUUACGGAGGAGCCAAGGCCGUGAGUUUUCCAGGCCACCGCCACCAAUAAUUCCCUUCUUCCAGACGUACCGAAUCACCGCCACCGAGAUCAACGGAGGAACCGACUUCGACUCGACCAGAAUCGAUUAG